AUGGAAGAAGCGAGUACACGCACGGUUUACGAAGAGCGGGUUCGUAUCGAGAAAUAUCGACUCUAUAUUCAGACGAAGUUCAAGCAAUGGUUCAACAACUGGGAAGCAAAAUGCAAGGAAAUACGCGAUGCUAAAAUGUCGGAGGCGAAGGAAGAACUGGUCAAGUUUGCAGAAUAUGCGGAUUGUGUUUCAUUUGAUGACUUCAAAGUCAUUUACUAUGCUCGCUUCUUGGAGAAGGACAAGGCGUAUGAAAUCAAGAAGAAGGCCAAGCUGGAGCAAGCGGCAACCGACAUCCGAUUCCUCGAAACCUUUGGUGCGGAAUCGGAAAGCGACGAAGAGUAA